GACGCGCAGCCACGGAAAAGGGCUGAAUAGUCGCUGAGAGGAGCAGAAAUCCCCACCUGGCCGGCCGCUCUCAGUGAUGUAGAGGACAGCGGCUCGUUUGCUGUUUGAUAACCGACAGCAGGACCCAUGACCCUGACAAGAGGUUCCUUCACUUACUCCAAUGGUGAGGAGUACCACGGAGAAUGGAAAGAAGGUCUGCGUCACGGCCUGGGUCAGCUGACCUUCAGCGACGGGACGUGCUACACGGGCCAGUUUGAGAACGGCCUCUUCAACGGCUGCGGGGUGCUGGUUUUCCCCGACAGCUCCAGGUACGAAGGGGAGUUCGUUCAGGGGAAGUUCCAGGGCGUCGGCGUCUUCAAUCGCUUCGAUGGAAUGAAGUUUGAGGGCGAGUUUAAAAGCGGCUGUGUGGACGGCUACGGAGUGCUGACGUUUGUGGACGGCGGCGGCCCCGGUGGUGGCGGUGGCGGUGGCGGCGUCCACGAGGGCCUGUUUGAGACCAACCAGCUGGCGAGGAGGGAGAGCAGCCAGGGCGCCGUGCAGCGAGCGCAGGGAGCAGCCGCCAAGGCCCGCGCCCUGGCCAUGUGACCCGGGACUACAUUACCCACAGUGCCCCAGCAC